CUACCCCCGAAAGGAGCGAAGCUCGGCAUUCAGUCACCCAAAGUACUCGAUUCUCUCGCUCUCACCUUUAUCCGAAGCACCCAUAACCUACCCGGAACACGUUAGCACGAUGGCCUCUGGUCGUCCGACACCGCCAAAGGCUCUCGAUCUCGAGCUCACCUUAGUCUCCGCCAAGCACCUCAAGAACGUCAACUGGAAAAACGGCGAUCUCAAGGCCUAUGCUGUCUUCUGGGUCGAUCCCGACCGGAGGCUCGCUACCAAGUCAGAUGACUCCGGUUCUACCCGACCCGUUUGGAACGAGCGCUUCACGCUACCUCUUCUUCUCCCUCCACAGGAGUCGCAUCUCACCCUCGAGAUCUUCCACUCCAAGCCCAGCGAUACUCCCAAACCCCUCGUCGGCACCCUCCGCGUACCGUUGAAGGACCUGCCCGACCCGGAUGACACGACCCGGCUUCGAACUUUUGAGCUGUCCCGCCCCUCUGGUCGUCCUCAGGGUAAGAUCAGGAUAAAGCUUGGUCUCCGUGAACGGCCUAUGCCGCCUCCGGUUCUUGAUUACCACCAUCUAGCACCCCCACAAAAUUACUAUUACAACACUGCACAUAUGCCGCCUCCUCCCGCGCCGCGUGAUUACAGGUACGGCCCGACAAUGCCACCGCCCCCAUCCCUGUCACCUCCACCUCCGCCUCCUCAGUACUCAUCCUAUCACGAUGGUUACCCUCCUUAUUAUCCCGGGUAUUACUCCUCAGUACCGGCCCCAGCCCCAGCCCAGCCAAGGCCUUUCUUUGAUCGGAUGGGCAGUUACGGUGGGCCCUCGGCACCGGUUGAUUAUUCAUCGUACGAUCAGAGACAGAAAGGAGGAGGAAAAAUGGGGUUUGGUACGGGAGUGGCAGUGGGAGCGGUUGCUGGGGCUCUAGGUGGGCUGGCAUUGGAAGAAGGGUUGAAAUACGAAGAGGAGAAGAUUGCAGAGAGGGUUGAAAAUGAGCUUGCUGGGCGAGAUGAUUAUAGUGAUUAUCGAGUUGAUUAUUGACUGAUAAAUCAUGGGUUUGCUGAAAGCUUUUAAGUGGUAAACUAUGUUAAUUUGUUGUGAUUUCUAAGGUAUAUAUGUAUAUAUAAUCUCUGGGAAUUUGGGUGGAAUUGGUAUCUGAUCAUCUAAGUUCAAAGGAAAUAAAUUAUGGUUUUAACUC